AUGUCGGAUUCUGAGAAGACCUCAACGCAACUCUCACGAGAUAGCUCAUUCGACCCAGAAGAAGAGAGCUUCCUGGGGCACAACAGUAAGAAAAGUGGACCAGCUCAAUAUACACGCCGGCAUGUUCACGUUCUUUAUGCUGUCAACUUGGUACUAUCCUGUGCAGUCCUGGCUCUCUUCUGGGCAGUCUCAAACAUAGCAGUUCACGAUCCGUCAUUGGGAGUAUAUUCCCCAGCGAACGGUGCAGUAGAAUACAUAAAAGAACAACCGUUUAGAGCGGCUCUUUUCAACAACACACCAUAUAUGGGGUAUCCUACCGAUGAGACGGACAAGUUGUGGGAAGAUCUGUACAACUUUGGCACAUCCACAAUUUCUAAAGCGGAAGCCGACAAACUCCCUAAUCCCACACUUCCAAUUCCAGGCACGGAUCGAUACUUAGUACAACUCGAUGUAUGGCAUCAACUACAUUGUCUAAACGACAUGCGCAAGUUGUUGUAUCCUGAUCGAUUCGACGGUCUCGAAAAGCUUCGUGAUGCAAACGGCAACAUCGACAUGACAGAUAGUGUUUUCAGACACUGGGAUCAUUGCAUUGACGCCCUUCGCCAAUCAAUCAUGUGUCAUGCCGAUGUCUCACCAAUCUCGUUCCACGUCAACGUGCCUGUAGCAAAGGGGGUAUUUCCUCGUCUCGCGACCACGCAUACGUGUCGUGAUUUUAGCAAGAUUCAACAGUGGGCAAAAGAUCACCAGGCUGGGCCUUGGGAAAUGCAUUUAACUCCGGAACAUGCAAAGAAGAUUAUCAAGGAAGCGAAUUUUGAUCAAAGUCCUUUCGAGGAUAUUGAAUUUAUGUACGAUCAAUUUCCUGGGGAGAUGUGGUUCAAGUACUGGAGAGAUCAUCCCGAGGAAGCUAAGGUUGCGAGAGAAAAGCUGAGAAAUGAUGCGAAAAUUGUGGAAGAGUUCGAAGCAUAA